GGGUGUCUUGGCAACAACCUGGUGCCUCCUCUUGCCAGCCGCUGCCGCCUGUCCCCGGGCUCCCUCUGUCACCCCAUGAUCCCCUGUCCACGGUGGGCACUAUAGACACAGCCACCAUGGAUUUGUUUGGGGACCUACGGAGAAUGAACAAGAGGCAGCUGUACUACCAAGUCCUGAAUUUUGCCAUGAUCGUGUCGUCUGCCCUCAUGAUAUGGAAAGGCCUGAUAGUGGUGACGGGAAGCGAGAGCCCGAUUGUUGUGGUAUUAAGUGGCAGCAUGGAGCCCGCUUUCCAUCGAGGAGACUUGCUGUUCCUUACAAACUUCCAGGAAGAUCCUAUCCGGGCUGGAGAAAUUGUGGUAUUUAAAGUAGAAGGCAGAGAUAUUCCAAUUGUCCACAGGGUCAUUAAAGUUCAUGAAAAAGAAAAUGGAGAUAUAAAGUUUUUGACUAAAGGAGAUAAUAAUGAAGUUGAUGAUCGAGGUUUAUAUAAGGAGGGCCAGAACUGGCUAGAAAAGAAGGAUGUGGUCGGGAGAGCACGAGGGUUUUUGCCAUACGUUGGAAUGGUUACCAUUGUGAUGAACGAUUACCCAAAAUUUAAGUAUGCGGUUUUGGCGAUUAUGGGAGCUUUUGUACUUUUAAAACGUGAAGCAUAAAAUUGGAAGCGGACCCCCAUAACAAUGAAAACAUCGUCACUGGAUCUAAUAUAUUCUGUUUUGUUUAAUUCUAUUUUUUUCUGUCAAAAGGCAAUAUGAACUCUCCUGGCCCUGUACAAAUAAACGUCCUCUUACAAAA